AUGCAGACACGUACCCUCCUCCAGCUCUUGCCGUUCUUCCUGGCACUCGUCAAUGCCGCUCCUAUCCAAGUCGAGGUACUCAAGCGCGACGAGGCUGAUGUCAACCUGGGCUUCAAACGUGAUGACGACACAUACUUGUACCUCAAGCGCGACGACGACACCUACUUGUACCUAAAGCGGGCUGAUGUUGAAGAGGCCAAGGUCGCCUUGGGUUUCAAACGCGACGACGAUACAUACCUGUACUUGAAGCGGGACGAGGCUGACGUCGACUUGGGAUUCAAGAAGCGUGAAGACGACACAUACCUCUAUUUGAAACGCGCUGAUGCCGAAGAGGCCAACGUCGACUUGGGGUUCAAGAAGCGUGAAGACGAUACAUACCUAUACCUUAAGCGUGACGAUGCUGAUGUUAAGCUUGGCUUCAAGCGCGACGAUGACACAUAUCUGUACCUGAAGCGUGGCGAGGCUGACGAAGCCAAUGUUGACUUGGGUUUUAAGCGCACCUAA